AUGUUUUACCAUGGGUCGCACCCAGAACAUCCCCUGCGGACGUUGAAGAACCCAAAGGCUGGCGUGUUGUGUUCCAUAUGUAAAGCAUGUGCUCAUCCCUCCAUGGCGGAAUGGUGUUUUUGCAUGCAAGCGGGGUGCGGCUAUAUUCUUUGUUGUAAGUGCUCUGAAAUUGAAGAACAGUUAUUUGAUAUUCCGCAGGUUAUCACACGGAACCCGGUAUUACCGCAUGAAGACAUGAGUGUUUGUCUGCGCACACGUCCGCGCAGCAAUGCCCAUGUGUUAUGCCCGCUUUACCCCGGUCGUCUGAUGAUUGCCGUUUCCAGCGCCAAAGGCACCAUCGAUGCAAACGAAACCUACUAUCGGUUAAGGAAGGGUGGAUGGGUCAACGCCGCCCAUGUUGUGCGUGUACUUCCAUCGCAGCAGCUGAUCGAAGAGCUUGCCAAAACCCAUUUGCGGGCUGAGGAGCAUAAUUCCCAUGAAUUUAUGGCCUUGGAGGAAAUUCUUCUUUGCAUUGAUGAGAGUUUUCGGCUGAUGGAUGAGCGCUCUCCGUAUGGCACCGUCAUGGCAUCACUGACUUUUUUUCCGCUGCUGCAAUAUUCCUCCAGUCUGCACUUGAUCUCGUCUGAGGAGCGCACUGUUGUUGUCCGUGCAUCGCUGGGGUUUAUUCACUACCUCUUUCAUUUUGUGCUAGAGGAGGUUAGCCAGUGGAUGAAUAAUGUGGAUCAUAGAGUAAAGACGACGGCGCUCACACUCUACGUAGAGCUCCUAGGGAAGUCGCUUCUUGUUGCACGUGACGUGGCGGAAUCCCAAAUUGUGGCACUCCCUUCCGAACUUGGCCCACUGAUAACACGGACCGCUGCGGUGGUACUGGAGAUCCUGCCAAUUGUUGAGUGUGGGACAGCGCCAUGUGGAGGAGCCACGGUCUCGCUGCGCGCACCAUCCAUCGCCACUCGACAGGUGGACUUGGCAGAAGAACAGGCACGGCUCUUUUUUUGUUGCUGCAAUAUGGUAGAAACGACGGGAUGGUUGUUGUUGCAUACACCCACGUUUACAUACGACCUCAAAUGCCUUCGUCCUCUCCGUGUAGCCGUCUCUAUCGUUCCCAAUUCGGAGAGCCUUGAACGCAUGCUUUGUCAAGUUGUCAACAACGCCCUGGAGAAAAUGCCCUCGCUACGGAGGCGAGUCCAUGACCUGGACGUUAUAGAAGUAGCCAUUUCGCUUGCCGGGCGGGCGACGUGUGCGGAGAGUCAAAUGGCGGUGUUCAGGCUUAUCUCUGCCGUUGCUCACAACUCGCCGCGUAACAUCUCGCAAUCAGCGUCGCUUGUCAUUGCCCCAUUGAUUCAGCUAGCCAUGAAGGCCUGGAACACCGUAGUAGCCAAUGCGGCAUUUGACUGCUUUGCAGAAUUAGCCUACAAUGACCCACGAGUGGAUGGUUUUCGAUGUGACUCGCAGAGCAAAGAACUUAUGCUUCCAGUGUGUUCUGCAGCACUCCAUCCGCAAGAAGCGCCAUAUCAGAUGGCGAAUGUCUAUGAAGUUGGGGAUCACCUGCAGGUCCUAUGUGAGUACUGUAGUUACUCUCACCCCCAUAUUAAUGGUGUGCUCGUGCGUGAGCCCCAAUUCGCAUAUUUUGGAUGCCAAUGCGAAUCCUGUGCACACGUGCAAGUGGCGCGCCCACUUCCGCCACCAAACAUACCGACGACGCCAGCCAUUCAAGAAAUGCUGAAGGAAAACAUUGCACGAGUCGUGUUAUUUUGGCUCAAAUGCAGUGAAUCGGCCGUAGCCAACGCUGUGGGGCGUCUGUCGCUGAAGAUUUCUCUCCCAGUUGAGGUGACGCUCACCCUUUACCGCGCACUGCUCAAGCAAAACCUCGUUGGCUACGCCGAUGCCGCGCUUGCCAUCGCCGCCCAGUCUCAUUUGCCCGCCGUACAAGAGAUGCGGCGGGAGUACCCGUGUGCCGCGAUAUCGCAAUACUUGUCCUGCCAACCCGCCUUCAGGGCUGCUGCCUUCAGCAAAGAAACGCCCGGCAAGGGUUCACAGAAUGAGGAUCCCGACGGACUCUCACCAUCGCCUGAUGUGACGACGAAAAAGACUGAAAUGUUUGCGUCGUUGCCAUGUGGUGUUUCGCCGCCGCUCGUUGAUCUUUUUACCGGACCGCAGAAAAUGUACUUGGAUGAAGUCCUAUAG